UCACAAAUUUUGUUCCUUCCAUUGCUGCUGGUUCGCUUUUUAUGAAUUGUUCUUCAUUUUAAAAUAAACAAUCAAAUCAAAACCAUCGACUGUAUUCUCUUAUUUAAAUCUAUUUGUUCAUUAUCUAUUGUUCUACUACACAAAUUUGGCCCCUAAAAAAUUCUCCACUAUGACCUCUAAUCCUGAUGAAUCUCUCCAAAAACAAAUCGAUCUUUGGCUAAAAUGGGACAAAAACGAAAAAACCCACAGCGAAAUCCAAUCUCUAGUUGAUGCCAAAAACUGGACAGAAUUAAAUCGUCGUCUAAAUAAUCGACUAACAUUCGGAACUGCCGGCUUGCGUGGUCCAAUGCGAGCUGGUUUCAAUUCCAUGAAUGAUUUGGUUAUCAUUCAAACUGCUCAGGGUUUGUGUGAAUACAUUAAAAAUGAAUUCCCUAAUUCAGAAGACCAUAAAAAAGGUGUUGUCUUUGGUUAUGAUGGUCGAUACAAUAGCAAACGAUUUGCUGAAUUAUCUGCCUGCGUUCUUAUUAAUCAGGGAAUUAAAGUUUAUUUGUUUAGUAAAAUGGUUCCUACACCUUUUGUGCCAUUUACCGUACUCCAGUUGAAGUGCCUUGCUGGUGUAGUUGUAACUGCAUCUCACAAUCCAAAGGAAGACAAUGGCUAUAAGGUUUUCUGGGGCAAUGGUCCACAAAUUAUACCUCCCCACGACAAGGGUAUUCAAAAAUGCAUUGAAGCCAAUUUGACUCCUUUGGAGUCUUCUUGGGAUACUUCGAUUCUUGAAGGGAAUCCUUUGUUGGUCGAUCCCUUUGAUAACAUGUUCCAUUUGUACUAUGAAACAAUGCUGGAAAAUAUACCUCCCCAGUUCCUAAAGUUGAACCAAGAGAGCGAUGUAAGAUUUGUCUACACGGCGAUGCAUGGAGUUGGAUAUCCAUUCAUUGAACGUGGAUUUGAGGCUGUUAAAUUGAAGCCAGUUCUUGCAGUUGCCGAACAGAGAGAUCCUGAUCCAGAAUUCCCAACUGUCAAGUUCCCGAAUCCAGAGGAAGGAAAGUCCAGUUUGGAACUUUCGAUUAAAAAAGCUGAUUCUGAGGGAGUCACUAUAAUCCUUGCCAACGAUCCAGAUGCUGAUCGUUUGGCUUGUUCUGAAAAGAAUCCUUCCACUGGAGCAUGGAAGGUAUUUAAUGGAAAUGAAAUGGGUGCUUUGUUUGGUUGGUGGGCAAUGAAGAACUUCCAAACACUUGACCCAAAUCUAGAUCUCUCCAAAUGCUAUACACUUGCUAGUACAGUGAGUUCGAAAAUCCUUCGAUCGAUGGGAGCCAUAGAAGGCUUUAAAUUCGAGGAGACUCUCACAGGGUUCAAGUGGAUGGGUAAUCGAUCAAUUGAGUUGAUGGAAGCUGGGAAUAAAGUUCUUUUUGCAUUUGAAGAAGCUAUUGGUUUUAUGGUUUCGACAGCAGUUUUGGAUAAAGAUGGUGUUAGUGCUGCUGCUCAUCUUGCUACUAUGGCUUGUUAUCUUAAAGCCACCGAAAAAAUUUCACUGACAGAGAAAUUGAAGAAGAUUUAUGAACAAUAUGGUUUCCAUAGCACCAAGUGUUCUUAUCUCUUCUGCUAUGACCCACCUACUAUCAAAAAAAUCUUCGCCAGAAUUCGUAGCUUUGACAAUGGCAAGCCUGCGACUUAUCCAGAGUCUAUUUUAGAUGGGGAAUUCAAAAUCAAACAUGUUCGUGAUUUGACAAAUGGUGUAGAUACAUCACAGAGUGAUGGGAAAGCUAAGUUGCCAGUAAGUUCGAGUUCGGAAAUGAUUACAUUUACUUUUGAAAAUGGCCUUGUGGUUACGUUGAGGACAAGUGGAACUGAACCGAAGAUUAAAUACUAUGCAGAGAUGUGCGCCAAACCAGAAGAAAAAGAUUGGGAAGAAUUGGGUCGUCGAAUGGAUCGUAUGGUUGAAGCUAUUGUUGAGCAAUUUUUACAACCAAAAUUAAAUAAUUUGACACCAAAGACAGAUUAAGAAGCGGAAAAACGAAAGUCCUAAGCUCAAUAGCUGAAUAGAGGCGUACUUAUAUGUUUUUUUUUAUACCAUUCCACAGAUAGGUGAUGUUUGUGUAAAAGUCCAUUCCCCUUUACCCCCUACCUAAUCCUCAUUCCAUAAUUUGUUGAUAAUAUUAAUGUUGUUGUUUUUCUUUAAUAUUAUUAUUGAACAAUUUUAAGCUUGUGAAUAUCCUCAAUUAAUUUAAAACAAUAUAAAAUUAGAAAUUAAGUUAACCAUAACCAUGUUUGUUGCAUAAAUUGAUGUUUU